GAAUACCACUAAUUCGCAAACGGAUAAAUUGGGCAUUUGUCAUCUGCUUACCUUGGAUACAGUAUCCAAUGUUAAAAAUGAAAGUGAAACUAGGAUUUAUGGUUUUAAAGUCAAUUCAUGUCAUCCCGGUGUCUUAGACCAAGCCUACUUGAAUAAAUUAGGGCGGCGUAUUCUAGAAAGGUUAAUUGAUAUUGAAUAUAAAGCUGGAAUGUUACGAUCAGAGAUAGUUGAUAAGUAUCAGCUGGCCAAAAAUUCCGAGUUAUUGAAUGUUAUAAGUGAUCAUGGCUGUGUAUCGAAGUUUCCACUAGACAGCGAGAUUACCGCUGAAAAUCGAACCCAGGAAAUAUAUGAGUUUCUAGUCAAAAUCUACGCCCUUCUCGACAUGACGAGUAUAGAAUUCGAAGACGCUCUAAAUGUUGCCCCUCCCUCCUUUUCCAUACCAUUUAAGUAUGUAAAUGGAGAGAUUAAAAAGUUACAGAAGCAGAUUAUGAAAGUAAUUUGUAAUACAGAUUUACUUUUGAGAAGCGUGGGUGUGGUAAGGCGGGAUUUUCCAAUAUACUCAAAAAGAGAGGAGAGUAGCAUAUUUAAUUCAAGGUUAACUUUUCAGAUGAAUUUAUACGCAAAUAUGAAUAGAAUACGUGAUAUGUUGGAGCAAGUAAAAGUAGAAGCAAAGCUGACCUUGCCGUCACUUAUAUUUUAAUUUUCAAUCUUGGAGUUGAUUAAAAGGUAUUUUUGGUUUUGAUACAGAUGUUGAUUUAACCUAUUUUGAAUUUUAUCCAUUUUGAUAUAGUGAUAUUUAGAUUUUUUUUUUA